CGACGGAACCGAAGACCAUCCGUGCAAGGUGGCCGGGCAUGGAGCCCAAAGGCCCUGGGCUCAGGCCCGAAACGCGCUGUGAAAAUGAGGAAAAACAGAUAUCGCAGCCGACAAUGACUGGGCAGCGCCGUUGACGUCGACGUCGACGUCGACGCAACCACUGUGGCUCAGAGCCAAGCCGCGCUUCCACUUCAGUCGAGCUUCAGUUCCAGCCGAGAGCGAACGGUAUCGCGAGUUUUGGAUAUUCGGCGGGUCCAGGGUCCAGUUUUCGGGCGUUCGACUUUUGGAGUUUCGGCCGCGGCUGGUUGAACACAGCACAACACAACACAACUACGACAGUUUAUAAUUUGCAUAAUUGCCAUCAUUACACCAGUGCGACGGUGAAAUGGAAAACAUGAAUCUAAGCGAAACAGCUGAUGAUUGUACUCCAGAAAUUUUAGAAAUAUCUAACUAUUUUGGAAUAGUUUAACUAACCAUCUUAAUAAUAAUAAACUGCUUAAGGAAGAAAAACCGCAAUUGCUAAAACAAUCCAAAAACGUAUUCAAAUGGAGUUCUCCAAUUAAUAAAAUAAAUAUUAAAAUCAUUUCCACAAAAAAGGAAAACAAAUUAAAAAAAAUAAAUAAAUAAUCCAAAAAGUUUAAAUAAUACAAAUUAAUUACAAGGGAUAUUUGUGUUCCAGUAAAAAAGGAACCAAAUAUUUAUUCCCAAUCCAAAAAAGUGUCCUUAAAUCCCAUUCAAAUAAUGAAACCAAAGCCAAAUUAGGAGUAGAAACAUGUACUGCACCAAAGAUUGCACCUGCAGCCUGUGUCGCGAAUUGCGGGGAUACAAGCCCAGUGGCAAGAAGGCGGCCCCUUCCGCCCCCACAUUGUUCAGCAGGAUGUUGAAUGACAACUUCAUACUGCGUCGCAGGGGCAUCUCCCUCAAGAACUAGCCGCAGUCGCUGAGGAACAGUGAGAUGUUGGCGCAGCAGAUGCCGGUGCCACGCCCCCCGCAAACGCCCUCGCCCACGCCCAUCGAGGAGCUGCCCGACUGGGCCACGCAGAGCACCUCGCGGGCGAAGAAGCCCAACCACAAGGUGGUCAUCUACUUUGGCGAUUCCAUCAGCCGUGGUCAGCAGUCGCCGCUGCCAUCGCCCAAGGAGCUCCACUCGCAGCUGCUGCAGGAGAUGUCCCAGAAACUCAAGACCAGUGGAGAACUGGAGGGGCGGCCAACGGAGGCGACGAUUGCGGAGCAACCGGAGACGGGGACGGGAACGGAGACGGAGACACAGACAACCCCGCCAGCGGAUGACGAACUGCCGCCCUACAUUGAGAGCGUGCAGAACGGCGUAAUUAAUAUCAGAAUUGAAGGCAAUUACCGGCGAGCCAGUGCGCUGGUGGAAACGGUGGCGAAACCCACUCUGGCCGUGGUGGGCCCAUCGAAAUCCGAUGCGGCCGCCGGUGAUAAUGAUAAUGACGAUGCCAAUGAGGAUGAUGACAGCGACGACGACCCUGGCCAAGAUGAGGCGGAGACGGAUUCGUGCGACUGGAGCUACGUUCAGGAGUGGCGCAGGGCCGCGAAACGGCCCACUGGCAACAUGCCGCCCAACUUUGGCCAGCACCCGGCUCCCAGCCAGAUCACGGGCCUGCCCCCAGUGCCGCCGCCGCAGAUGCAGUCGCCACCCCACCAGCAGCACCCAACUUCGCUGACGCCGCAAAAGGGACUGGCGGUGGCCAUGGCCACUCCGGCGCCUCGGGUCUUCAAGGAGCUGGCCCAGCAGCCGAGCAAGGGGAUGCCGCCCAAGCUGGUGACCUCGUCCAGCGGCGGCCAGGUGACCCCGUCCGGCAAGAUGCCGUCGGCCGUGUCCGCCUCGAAGGCUCUGGUCCCCCAGCGUGCGGUGGCGGGUCCUGCGCGCCUGACCGUGCAGAGCACUCCGGUGAAGUCGCAGCCACCACAGCUGAGCGGAAGCCUCGGCCAGAGCCAGGUCUCGCCCAGCCGACCCACCUUGGGGAUUCCCACCACGGCGGGCCAGGCCACGCCGGCCAGGACGCACCAGCACGACCAGUUCCGGGCGCUGCAGCGGGUGCAGGAGUGCCACAGCUCGUCGGACGAGAACCGCAGCUCCGGACACGCCAGCAUGUCGGACACGGGGGGCCACAGCUCCUCGCCGGCGGGCGGGAUGACCCUGGGCCCGCUGCCCGAGGAUCGGCUGGCGGCGGGCGUGACCAACAGGAGCACCCGGUCGCGGCGCCAUCGCGGCAUCAUGCCGGCCGGAAAGGCUCCCUGGAGCGGCACCGGACUGGAGGACAUCAAGCUGGCCAUGCUCACGCUGCGCUCCCAGACGAGCAGCAGCACCUACAGCAGCCUGAGCGCCGGCUCGGAGAGCUCGGAGCCCGCGCGCCGCCUGGGCAGGUACUCCUCGCUGGAGACGGUGGUGACCAGCACCAGUGCCGACGAGUUCGUGUGGGUGGACUCGCACAACCGGCUGGUGGAGCUGCAGCACCCGCCCUGGAGCCAGCCGUGCAUCCUGCGGGUGCUGCGGAACGGACGCUGCCAGCAGCAGGCCGAGCACCUGGCCGUGGAGGCCGUGUCCCGGCUGGGCUACCUGCUGCAGCGGGCGCUGGUGAGGAUCGCCCGUGAGAUCCAGCGGUUCUCCGCCGGAGUGGGCCUCUGCUCCAAGCAGGAGGUGGCCGGAGCCCUGCGGGUGGUGCUCAGCUCCGCGCUGGCGGACUCCUGCACGAAGGCGUGCCUCAGGUCCGCCGCCAUGUUCGCGGUGCCCGGCGAGAGUGCCCUCAAGCAGAGCAAGUCCGCCCGGGCGGGCCUCCAGCUGUCCGUGGGCCGCUUCUACCGCUGGAUGACGGACGCCAGGCUGGGCAAGUUCAUCCACGAGUACGCGGCCGUCUACCUGUGCGCGGGCAUCGAGAAUCUGCUGGAGGAGAUUGCCCUGCAGUGCAACGGUAGCACGGCAGCCGCCCUGGACCAGAGCAUAGCCGGAUCGGGCGACGUGUGGGGUCUGCUGCAACCGUUCGCCCACCUGAACGCGGGCCGGGUGGCCAGCGGAGCCCUGGCCCUGCCCAGGUGGGCCAGUGCCUCCUCGCUGGCCACCUGCGUGGGCAGUGUGCGUGAGCUAAAGGAGAAGGCCCUGCGCACCCAGCAGGAGUUCCAGCUGGCCGCCGCCCUCUCCGGAUCCGCCUUGGCGGCCCUCUUCUACUUCAUGCGCUGCUCCCAGCUGGAGCACACGGAACUGCUGGCCGCCUCGGGCUGCAGCUCGGGCCAGGCCCAGCCAGCUCCUCCGGGGGCAGCACCAUCCUCCUCUGCAGGGCACCAUGUCCAGGAGCUGUGCUACGAGCGGGCCUACGUGGUGCUGCCUCCGCUGGCCGAGUGGCUGAGGGUGGCCGCCGCCCACGCCGAGCACCGCAAUGCCCUGAUGAUCGACAAGGACGACGUGAUGCAGGCAGCCCGGCUGCUGCUGCCCGGAGUGGACUGCCCCAUCCGGCCAGUGGCCCAUGACGAGGAGCUGCCCACCAAGAAGACGCACUUCACCAAUGCCCAUGCACCCGCGUCCAGUUCCACGGGCACGGGAACGGGCAGCAGCAGCUGCAGCUCGCCGGUGGUCAGCGGCAUCGGGAUCGGAAUCGGAGAGGACACCUCCGAGCUGGGCAGACGAGCCACCAUCGGAGUGGCCUUUAAGCUUCUUUUGACUGGACGGGCUGAACUGUUGGCCCAGGCCGCCCAGCUGCUGCCGCCCACGACGCGGUACGACACCCAGAACAGCGCCGGACUGACCGCCCUGAUGAUCGCCAGCAUCCGGAACGACGAGGUGGCGCUGCACGCGCUCCUGGACGCCGGAUGCGACCCGAACGUGGAGGUGCCGCCCGCCGGGAGCGCCGGCCACCCGGCCAUCCAGCCGGACACGCAGCACUGGACGGCCCUGAGCUUCGCCGCCAGCAGGGCCAACUACGUGGCCCUGAGGAUCCUACUGGAGAGGGGCGGCAAGGUCGAGGGCGGGGCCCGGAGCAGCGAGGAGAAGUGCACCCUGACCCCGCUGCAGCUGGCUGCGGGCACGGGCAACCUGGAGAUCGUGGCCCUGCUGCUGGCCCACGGGGCCAAUGCCUUCUUGUCCACGCAACAGAAGGACUCUCUGUGCUUCGCAGGAUCCGCGCAGAAGGGCUGCUUUUGCGCCAUCUCCGUGGCGGCUGCCCACGGACAUCGGUCAUGUCUGCGCAAACUGCUCACCCACCCCGUUUCCCCGGGCACCAGGGACGUGCUCUCGCUGGAGGAGAUGCUGGCCGAGGGCGAUGUGGGCGGAGUGCGGGCUGGAGGCGGACCAGGAGGAGCCGGUGGCCCAAGCAAUGCCAGUAACAGCGGAAACAGCGAGGACUUGCUCCCGCUGCUCAACAAGACGCAGAUCAAGCGACUCCAGGAGGCCAUGUACCACAGUGCCGAAAACAAUCAUCUGGAUAUAACCAUUGAGCUUCGGAAAUUGGGUGUUCCGUGGACUCUGCACUGCUGGAUGCACGCCCUGUCGGCUGCCCACGAUUUGCGACUGGACGCGGUUAUAGAUCAGUUGCUCCAGGACUUCCUGCAGGUGUGUCCCGACGAUUACAGUGCCCAGUUCGUCAGCGAGUGCCUGCCCCUGCUGUUCAACAUUUUCCGGAACAAGAACGAGGGCACCACCCUCCUGCUCGCGGACAUCUUCGCCACCUGCUUCGGGUGGGAGACCCUGCCCCCGUUGAAGGAACAGCCGCCGAUGCAGCCCGUCCAGGGAUCCCGCAUCGAUCCCAAGUUCGUAAACAAUCCGGAGCUGAGCGAUGUGACUUUCAGGGUGGAGGGCAAGAUCUUCUACGGACACAAGAUCGUCCUGGUGACGGCAUCGCCGCGCUUCCAGAGCAUGCUGAGCUCGAAACUAAGCGAGGCCAGCUCCACGCCCACGGUCCAGAUCAACGACAUCCGCUACCACAUCUUCCAGCUGGUGAUGCAGUUCCUCUACUGCGGCGGCUGCAGCUCCUUGGACGUGGCCCACGGCGAUGUGCUCGAGCUGAUGGCCGCGGCCAGUUUCUUCCAGCUGGAGGGACUGCUGCGCUACACGGAGGCACGGUGCUCGGAAAUGGUGGACGUGGACAACGUGGUGGCCAUGUACAUUCACGCCAAGGUAUACAAUGCCAAUCGCCUGCUGGAGUACUGCCAGUGCUUCCUGCUCCAGAACAUGGUGGCCCUGCUCACCUACGACGACUCCGUGAAGCGGCUGCUCUUCGCCAAGAAGAUACCCAACCACGAUGUGCUCGCCGGAUUGCUGCAGACGCUCCAGAACCGUUUGAAGACCCGCAAGCCCAAUUCGGGCGGUGGCCUGGUCAACUCCUAUCGAUCGCCCCCGGCCACGCCCGUCAAAAAGUGAAGGAGCCACGCCCACUUCCUCGACAGAAUCCAAUUCUUAUUUAUUGCAUUGUUUUUAAUUUAAUCUUUGAGCUUUUAUGUAUUAUAAUAAUUCCCCAGCCCGAUCCCAACGUCCCGCUCCUCAUCUCUAGUUGUAUUUUUGUACUUUCAAUUUGUUCAGCGCACUGUUAACCUUUACGAACCCAAGGACGGCCGAUCCGGCGGUCCUCUAGCUAUUAUUUUGUAGUUGAAAUUGUUUCUGCAUUAAAUGAAGAAAGUAAAAUUUAACAA